AUGGUUCCUCAAAGAGACCGGGCUAAUGACGCCACUGUCCUUGUGUCUUCACCAGAGAUCACAGAAAUAAGAGUGGAAAGGGGAAAUAAUGAAAACCCUAAACCCAUAGUCAAGCUUAACCUGCUUGAUGACGAAGAGGUUAAGCGAAAGUGUUGGAAUUUAAAGAAGAAAGAAACAGGAGGAUGGAAAUAUGCUCUUCUAUUGUUGGCGAAUCAAGGCCUUGCAACUUUGUCAUUUUUCGGGGUUGGUGUGAAUCUGGUUUUGUUCUUGACUAGGGUUCUUGGCCAGGAUAAUGCAGUUGCAGCUAACAAUGUUAGCAAGUGGACUGGAACAGUCUAUUUGUUCUCACUGCUUGGAGCUUUCGUUAGCGAUUCUUACUUGGGUCGUUACUUCACUUGCGCCCUGUUUCAGAUAAUUCUUAUUGGGGGUUUGGGUACGUUAUCUGUAUCAUCAUGGCUACUACUGAUCAAGCCUAAUGGAUGUGGUAACAGCCAGUUUUUUUGUAAUCCACCUUCAAGACUUGGAGUGGGUAUGUUCUACUUAGCCAUCUACAUGAUUGCACUUGGCUAUGGAGGCCAUCAACCGACAUUAGCCACAUUUGGAUCAGAUCAAUUCGACGAGUUUAAACCGAAAGAGAAGGAAUCCAAAUUGGCGUUCUUUAGCUACUUCUACUUCGCACUUAAUGUAGGCUUAAUCUUCUCCAACACCAUCUUGGUUUAUUAUGAGGAUACUGGGAAAUGGACAAUAGGGUUUUUGGUUUCCACUUGUGCAGCCACUCUAGCCCUAGGGUUGUUCUUAGUCGGCUCGAGAGGCUAUCGUUAUGUUAAACCUCAUGGGGAUCCUUUAUCCCGUGUGGCUCAAGUUUUCGUAGCUUCCGUUAAGAAAUGGCGUAUCGUUCCUUCGAGAGAAGAGGAGUUGUAUGAGGUGGAUGGAUCGGAAUAUGCUACAAAAGGUAGUACGAAAAUUCACCACAGCCAAGAAUUCAAGUGUUUGGACAAAGCCGCCACAAUUAUGGAACAAGAUUUCCGUGGACAAGAGAUUAACCCUUGGAGAUUAUGCACGGUUACUCAAGUCGAAGAAGCCAAAUGCAUAGUGAGAAUGAUUCCAAUUUGGCUAUGCACGAUCAUAUACUCGGUCAUCUUCACACAAAUGGCUUCCCUAUUCGUCGAGCAAGGUUCGGUUAUGCACUCCAAGAUCGGAAACUUCCAUAUUCCGGCUGCAAGCAUGUCUAUUUUCGACGUCUUCAGCGUUCUUAUCUUCACUGGCAUCAACCGUCACAUCAUAGUACCAAUAGCCAGCCGAUUCACUAGGAAUCGUAAAGGCCUAACCCCACUUCAAAGAAUGGGGAUAGGUCUCGCCAUCGGUAUGCUAGCCAUGGUUGCAGCUGGCAUAACCGAGAUGGCGAGACUUAGGAAAGUAUUUGAUGUAAAUCAACCUAGUUCGUUGAGUAUAUUUUGGCAAGUACCACAAUACCUUCUAGUUGGGGCGUCCGAGGUUUUUAUGUAUGUUGGGCAGUUAGAGUUCUUUAAUGGACAGGCCCCGGAUGGGAUUAAGAGCUUCGGGAGCUCGCUUUGUAUGGCUUCGAUGUCUUUAGGGAAUUACACGAGCAUCGUGUUGAUUAACAUAGUGAUGGCAAUCUCGGCAAGAGGAGGCCGACCCGGGUGGAUUCCGCGUAAUCUAAACAUUGGCCACGUCGAAAGAUUUUACUUCCUUAUCGCGAUCUUAACCGUAGUUGAUUUCGGGAUAUAUGUAUAUUGUGCUACUUGGUAUAAGGGCAUCAACGUGGAUGAAGAAACCGAAAUAUUGAAAACGGGUAAUGACGAUGGAGUUGGAGUUGGAGUUGGAGCACAAAAACAAGUUGAUAGUGCAUCAAAUUCUAGCUUAAAUGUAUAA